AUGAAUCAAUUGACAGAGAGUUUUGCUGCAUUGAAAAAAACGGUGGAGAAAAAUGAGGUGCAGGCAGAGAAGAAGUACACAGAUUUGCUGAAGAACAUGGAGGAAAUACAGAAGAAGAUGGAAGGGAUGCAGACUAGUAGUGACGUUUGCAAUUGCGCGUAUUCGGCCCGAUGUUUAUAUGAAUUGGAUGUGUAUAUUAACAAAAGUCUGAUUCAUUUAUAUGGUACUUGUGGGUGUCUGGAUUUAGCACGGAAAAAAUUUGAAAUUAUGCCAGAAAGGAAUGUGGUUCCACGGAAUGCCAUAGUUGAUUCUUGUGUUCGGUUAGGCGAGUUUGAUACUGCAUUAAAACUAUUUGGUGAGAUAUUGAACAUGUUUGAGCCUGAUGGGCACAUGAUGCAGAGUGUUAUUAGUGCUUGUGUUGGUCUGGGUUCUAUGUCUUUGGGGAUGUGGGCUCAUACUUGUUUGUUGAGAAAGUGUCGUGCUGAAAUGGUUGAUGAUGUUUUGGUGAACAAUUGCUUGGUGGAUAUGUAUUGCAAAUGUGGGUCAUGGCAAAUUGCUCAACAAAUCGUUGAGAGGAUGCCUAAACGCGAUGUAAAUUCGAGGAAUUCAAUGAUUUUGGGGUUAGCCAUGCAUGGGAAGGCUAAGGCAGCAUUGGAGUAUUUUGACCGUAUGGUUGGGAUGGAGAGGUUUGUGCCUGAUUUCAUCACGUUUGCCUGUUUUCUUGUUUCAAUUUCCGGGAGUGAAUGCAUGCAGGAAGUGCAGACGGUGGAUGAGGUGUGA